UGCCUGUUGUCCUAAACUUGAACUCAAGGGUCUGUGGGUGGGUGUGCAGUGAAACCAUUGUUCCAGGAAAUGAUGUGGCGGGGGGCGGACUCCACGGAUAAAGGGUUGGUGACUGCAUGAAUUUUUCGACAGAAUAGUGCAGUAUUCAUCUCCGCAAAGUCUCCAUUAAAUAGAUGUUGGUGCAGUUAAAUGUCUCCUCAGAAUAACAUCAAACCUCGUCUACCAGAAGAAAUGGUCCGCAGCCGAAAAGCAGCGUGAGUCUAAAGACUUCAGGCGUUGAUCCAAUAUGAAACGCUCAACAACAAAGCCGCCACCUGAAAUUGAAAAAUGGACGAAGGAAGAUGUCCACCUGUGGCUGAUGACACAGGUCAAAGUUCAUGAGCCUUGUGCAGACAGGUUCAUUGAAGAAGAAGUCUCUGGAGAUAUUUUAGUUGUCUUUGAAAAGACAGACAUAUUAGACUUGGGAAUAAAACACGGUCCUGCAGUCAAAAUUACAUCUUAUCUAGAAAGGUUGAAAGAAGGAUCAAAACAUGAGUCACAGUUCCCAGCAUACAUGGAAAACUGGACAAAGGAGCAGGUGAACCAGUGGUUACAGCAGCAUGUGAAGACAUAUAGCAAAUAUGCAGAACGGCUCCAGGAGGAAGAUGUUUCUGGAGAUUGUCUUGUUUGCUUUAAGAAGCAGGAUUUUCUGGAUCUGGAUUUGAAAAGUGGUCCUACUGUAAAGAUUCUGGCAGAACUACGUCAGUUGAAUGAGAAACCAGAGCCGACACUGCAACCGAUCCCUCACACCAGCACAGAACAAAAAGCAACUCCAAAACCCAUUCAACCUAAACCAAGUCUGCCUCAAGCAAUAGCAACCCAGCAAGCUGAGUCAUAUGACAACACUGAAUCAAAAAUAGAUGAAAUGGUGGGGAAAAAGCCUGAAAAUGUUCAUCUGCCAUUUGAGAGAACUUCAGAAAAAGAGGAAAUUCAGCAACCAAAGGCACAGAACUUGGGGGCCAAGAGGAAAGAAACUGUUGUGACCAGAACCCUACCUGACAUACCCAAGAUCACUGUGGAGAUCCAGAAAACCCUGGACAACCUUUUAAAAGAUGACCUAAAAAGGUUUCAUUUCAAUUUACAAGAAUACAGCAAAUCUAAGCAUAAACCUGUUCCAAGGGGUAAACUGGAGGGCAAAGACACCAUGGACACUGCUAAGUUACUGACUGAACACUAUGGAAGCAAUGAGGCCUUACAGGUCACACUAGACGUUCUAAGAGAAAUCCAUCAGUGUGAUCUUGUUUGUCAUUUGGAAAAGAACAUGGGUCAACUGAGGCAGCAGUGUCUUUCAAAAGAAGUUUCGAAGAAAGAAGCUAACCAGGGUGACAAACUUAAGAAUUUGCUGACUUGUGGUGGGAACUCACUGGACAGUUAUGACAGAUUUGUUGUUGUUACGAACAAAAGCAGUCCAGAACAAGUGCAGUACCUCCAGUUUCUGAGUAAGUUGAAAUUGUUCUGUGUGUUAGACUUUGACCCUGAGUCUGCUGCUAAAGGUGGACUGUGUCACUCAUACAGAGAGUUGAGAGUGGCCAAUCAGCACACCCCAUCACAAUAUCAAGGGCAGACUGAAUCAGUAAUAAAGAAUCUUAACCUCUACAAACAGACCAGUUGGGUCUUCUGUAAUGGCAGACAUGACCUUGACAGCGACUCUAACAGAGAGUUAGAUUAUAAGAACUGGCUAAGGAAAUCUUGCAGAGAUGUAGAGCAGUUGGUUUCAUUCAUUUGCAACCCUGAAGUUCUCCUUCAUGGAAGAAGUCUCAUCAUCUUCCUCCUACUUUCACCUGUGGACUCUGAGAAAGACCCAAUCUAUGACACCUACAAGUCCUUCUUGAAACACACUGAGGAGAAAAACAUCAUCACUAUUUGUGAUUCUCAGAGCACCUAUGAGAAAUGGAGGGAGCUGAUACAAGACAAGUGUGACUGUGACAUUGACCCGCUAUCCAUAUAUGAGCUGACCCUUAGCGAGGUCAACGGGACUGUAAUGGCACUCGGGCCUUUGAGUCAGUCAUCUGAAAUGCUGCUUCCCUCUUCGAACUCCAGUGCUGUUGUUCUGAAACAGAAAGAUGAAGAUCUGAUGACAGCUUUGGACAUUUUGUGUCUAAAUCAGUGUGAAAACACCUAUGAUGAAAACAGUCAAGAGUUCCAUGACUUUAGAAUCAAAGUAGAGGAAGAAUUUUACAGAGGAGGUAAAGUCAAAUGGUGGAACUUUUACUUCUGUGACAAAGACACAGAAAAGCCAUUCAUCAAAAGAGACAAGUAUGAAAAUGUGAAGAAGAUGAUAAGGUCUCAGUGGAGAGAUUCAAAAAAUGCAUGUGUUUUGCUAAACCUUUUCCACCAUCCAGGCUGUGGUGGGACCACUUUAGCGAUGCAUGUCAUGUGGGAUCUCCGUCAAGAGUUCAGAUGUGCUGUGCUGAAAGACAACACACUGCCAAAAGAUGAAGUCGCUAUUCAAGUUAGAAAACUCAUGAAGCUUGAAAGUGAGAAACCAUCUCCAGUUUUGCUGUUAGUUGAUGACUCACAAGAAACCAAGAAUCCUUAUGAUCUUGUAAACUGCAUCCGUAAAGCUGUAGAGGAUUUCUCCAACAUGAAUAUGGAUGACAUGCAAAACUGCAAAGUCAUCAUCCUUAACUGUGUCCGUUCACAUAGCCCGAAGGAGCAAUACAAACAGGACAAUUCAACACAAUGUCAGUACAUUACUGCUUCAUUGACAUCAGAAGAACAGAAGGAGUUUGAAAAGAAACUUAAAGAGCUUGAAGAAUCUCAUGAAAAGCCUGAAAACUUUUACAGUUUCAUGAUCAUGAAGAGCAAUUUUGACACGGAUUAUGUCGACGAUCUUGCUCGUAACACACUGGAGAGCUUUAAUUUCAGCACAAAGGAGGCCCAACUGUUUGCUUUUCUAGCAUUACUGAAUACCUAUGUGGCAGAAUCUGAAAUCUCUCUCUCUCUCUGUGAGGAUUUUCUUGGGUUGAAAAUGAUACACUGGAGGGAGGACAGUGUACUGGACAGAAUGAAGCCAUAUUCAAACUUCCUCCUCAUAGACACAGAUGAAGAGUGGGGCGGAUACAAAGGCAUCCGAAUUCUUCAUCACACCAUAGCAUCUGCCUGUCUGAAAGAGUUGGAGAGAAGACGCUCUUUAAAAGUAAGUGAUAUUGCUAUGGAGAUUCUUCACUGUGAUCUGUUCUUCAGUGUUGGAGUUGUCAAACACAGAUUCAUGCAGUCAAUUCAACGAAUGUUGAUUGAAAGGCAGCGCAAGAAAGAUGGAGAUGAGAGAGAACCAUUUUCUCCCCUCAUAGAGAAAAUCCACAACCAGCAAGGCAGGCAAACUGUCCAAGAAAUAUUUGUGAAAGCAUCAUCCAGGUUUGAAACAAGUGCAUCUAUUCCCCAGGCACUGGCAAGAUAUCUGUACAUCAAUGAGCGUGACUUCCCAGAGGCUCUGAAGUGGGCAGAAAAGGCCAAGAACAUCAAGCAAAACUCAUACACAUUUGACACAAUUGGACAGGUGUACAAAAGCAAUUUAAAAACCAACAUCCACAGAGAAAAGCAGGAGACAACACAUAACCCAGAAGAUUUAAACACAAACGUUAAAAUAGCAGAUAAUGCUAUCACAGCAUUUAAAAGGGCUCAAGAGCUGGCAAGCAGAGAGGAUGAACCUGAGGAGGAAGCCGCUGAUGAUGAGUCAGAUGACUAUCCCAGAAAGUCAUAUAAUGUUUAUGGCUAUGUGGGUGUGCUGGAAAUUGCUUUCCUGAUCUUUGAGAUUUUGGGAAGAUUACCAUUCUUUGAGGAAAGUGAUCCUAUGAAGAAGAAGUACUUACAGAGUUUUCUGCAGAAAGCAAUCCCAAUCACCAGCGUCUAUAAGGAUGACAAUGAGAUCAACAACAGAUACAUGGAGAUCGUCAAAGAACAUGAGCCAUUCCUCCUCAAUUUGAAAACUGAAGUAAAAGAAACGUUUGAACUUCUUGACUGUUACUUCACGUAUAUAAAAGGGAACAAUUCAGAAUUUGAUUCAAAGAACCAUUGGACCGUCUGUGGUUAUUUUAAAAAGUAUGUAAAUCUUUUUUGCACCGCACCAGAGGGAAUCAAAGCAGAACGACAAAACAAUCCCAAUCUCAAUUUGAAAAUUGAGAUCGAAGAACGAAGAUUGUGUCUUGAGAGGAAUCAAGCAGAUACAUUCGCAGGGAUCCUUCAGCAUUUGGACAAACCUGCUCAAGAGAUUGAGAAGAUCACAGAAUGCUAUGCAUUCUUGCAACAACAACAACUUGCCAACAAAAAACAAAAGACAAAGGAAACAAUUAAUUACAUUUUGUCAAACAUAGUUCUUUACCAUUUGAAACCAAAAUCUAAACAUGUAAAGAGUUACAGCCACCUCUCUGAUCUCCUUUUGAAAACUCUGCAAGAUGUAGGACUUCGGUAUCCCUUCCCAGACCCAUACUACCUGGCUCUGCUGUUACUCUGGCCAAGUCCAACUCAGAAAAACACAGAAAUCGGGACAUAUGUGACUGCAAUUCGAAACUCGUCCCGCAAACAUCUGUCCAAGUUGUUUCGAAAGAGGAGCACUGUUGCCAAGCUCUACUUGGGCAAAGAAGAGGGACUCAAGAGGCUUAUCUCUAAACCUAAACUGGAUAAGAGUUUCCUGCCUAUGAUGCCUCGUGAUGCCUUGGCACAACUUUGGUGGAAUGGAGACAUAUUUAAAGAAAAAGCAAUCAUCAGCCGUCUUCAUCGAGUCAGUGGAACCAUUGAGCAAGGAGAGUUGUUUGCAAAUUAUGGAAAACUGAAAAUCCCUGUACGUCCAGCUCUUAUUGAUGGAAUAAGAAGUGGUUUCAGCACAGAAAAGGUUUCUUUCUACCUUGGUUUUGCAAUUAAUGGACCCCUUGCAUAUGAUAUUCAGCAUGAAAACUAGAGUACUUGAUUGAACAGAGAAAUGUGCAACUCAAGCACUGAGCCAAGAAACUGAAGAAUGUGGAAAAACACAUUUGGUGGCCAGUGAUUCACUGGAAACAAAUUUGAAACACUAAACACAGCAAAUGAUGAGCAUGACUGACUGGAGAUGUAAAAAUUAUAGUCAGCUCCUGUACAUUCAUACAAUACAUCACAAUUCCUCUACUGAAAUCUUUCUGUAUGUUUAUGUACAUAUGUUUAUAUAUUCUGUUACCAUGUCAGCUUUUGUAAACUUUGUAAAUUUUUAGAUAUUUUCUUUGGGGAUUUUUUCUUUUUAUGUUGCUUUCAGAGAUUUUUCCAGUUGUGCUGUAAAUUGUAGUGCUAACAGCAGGGACAGUGAAACAUUGAUCAGUCACCUGCUAUAGUAUCAUUGAGCGCAAAAGAGCCCUGUAGCUCUCUGAACCACAGUUUGAUAACCACUGAUCUAGAACUUAGUACUUGUAUUUACUUUUUUGAGUGUACAUAAUGAUGAGGAAAAGGUGACAAAUGAUUAAUAUUCAGUUUUUUUGUGAGAAAUGUGUUUGAUUAUUUUAGAUGUUAUUUCAAAGAUGUACAUUAGUAUAUGUUUUGUUGGCUCUAAAUACAUUAUUUAUAAUAAUAAAAUAUACAAAGGAAUAUUAUAUUUUGUUUGUUGUAUUUAUUGUUGUUAGUAGUAUUUGUAGUAGUAAACAGCUUUGUGUGCUAAAUUAAAUUUUACAAAUGGCAGGUCUUAAAAGUUAUUUAAAUAUUUUAUCUUAAUUUAGGAGGUCCCUAUUUACACAUAAAUUCUUUUUUUCACAAUUAGUCACUUUUAGCAGUAGAAUCUAAAAUUUUCAUUACCAAUUUCCUGUUCAAUGCCCAAAGCCAACCUCAAUGCUUACCUUUAAAGUCACACUGAAACGGAAAUUAAUGUGUUUUUAGUUCUACAGCUUUGUGACGUAUUUCAGAGGGACACUGAAUAUGUGGGCAGAGUUAAGUUAUGUGGGAUUUAAAUCAAAUCCUACAGCUGUGUUUUUAUCGAUUAAAAGUGGGUGUGGUUUGGUGAAUAAAAACCUCAUAGCAAUGAUAUCAACUUACCUACUUGUAAUGACCAACAAAUAAGUUAACACUUGCAUAGUGUUACAUACAGUACAGUACUUCUUGCAAAGACUGAACAUGACCCGUUAAAUAUCAGAACAAUAAUUACUUUUUCUAAUACUGUGCUAUGGAACAUUUAGUCACUAAAUUAAUUCCACUCAACAUCUGAUAUGCAUUUACAAUUUAUAUAGGGCAAGCAUAGAUAUUAUGUACUACCACUGCUAUAUUAUGUUAAUUGGUUGCUAAUCUACAGUAGCAUAUACCAAGAGACAAAGGUCUGCUAUACUUCUUUCAAAAAGGAAGUUUUUGAAAAUAUAAAGCUGAAGGUGGUUGUUGUUUUUGCUAAGUCAUUGUGCUGCACUAACAAAAUGGCGGACAUAAAAUGUGGCUGUUACAGACAUGGGAACUGCACCAAGAAAGUCAAAUCACAGCAUAAAAGGGAAAAUAACUGCUGGUAGUAGGAUAUCAAAUUAAGACUAAAUUGGGUAUACAUUUCUUGGUAACCAUAUGAAAUAUGUUCUCAUUUAAAUGAUGUUUACCUUAACACAAACUAAACCAGGAUUAACUGUUACCUUGUUCCUUAUCCAAUACUUGCUGUUUCAACCUAGCUAGAAUCUCAGCUGCAGUUCAAAGUUGUUAAUUUAAUAUCGCUCAGCACUGUACAUCCACAGAAAACAGCAAUGAUAAAACUAACAUAGCUGAAAUUAAUCAAAUACUUACAAUUAAAGUGCUGCUCUAACAAAAUGGUGAAUGUAAAAUGUGCUGUUACUGACCUGGUCACUGCACCAAGAAAGAGUUAAUCACAACAUGAAAGUGAAUAUAACUGCUAGUAGUGGCUAUCAAAAGACUAAAUCCCUGAAUUUAGGUACACACCUGUUGGUAAUCAUAUAAAAUAUGUAGUUAUUGAUUUCAUUCAGCUAAUGUUAAAACCAGACAGCUAAUUGUAAACUGGUAGCUACUUUAGUCCCUGAGCUGACUCAUUAUUUCAACCUAAGUAACAGCUAGCUUCACUAGCAUAUUCUACUUUAAGAAUGAUGAAGAUGAAUUCAAGAUUAACAGUAAAAGGACCAAAUGUGGCAUUGUAUUGGUUAAUAUAAUGUUAAUAUUUCACUGUAAACACUGGGGGAAAAAAGACAAAUACGACCUGUUCCGAAGAUCACCCACUUUUAUCAGUUUCAUCACAGGCAUCCCUCUUUCAGCGCACUCGCAUGUACAGUCUGCAGUUUUGCACGCGGUGUGCAUGUGAACAGACAAUGUCAGGAUUCUCUGCACCAAUCAAAGGCCUCCGUUCAGCUGUCUAUCAACUCUGCUCAUUAGCAGAGUGAAGCGGGGCAGGGCUGAGUUCAGUCAGAGAAGUUUUCUGGAUUUAUUACAUUCAUGGCAACAAUUUCUGGACUUUUUCAUCAUUCGCUGCCACAGUUUCUGGACUCUUGUUUCUAAUUUGUUGGUUUAUUUUUCCCUGUACGUCCAUGAGAAUGUGAGUUCUCAGUUAUUCUGUUGUUGUAAUUGGCGUUGCAGUAGUGGUGAUGUUAUUGUAUAUUAACGUUUGACAGUCACUGCAGUUUACUUUUGGGAAUGUUCAUUACUGCAUUAAUUGUAAUGUAUACGAUCCCUGACGAUGUUAUUCAUGUUUAUUGGUGAGUUAUCACUGUGCCGUCGGGAUGCUAUUUGUUUAUAUUGCAGUGUUGUGAGAGUGUUGGUGCGUCUGUUAAAGGAUUAUCACACAUUUCUUAAGCUCUCUCUGUGCAUUAGACCAGUAGUAGCAGAUAUGUGUUUUCUAAGCUAAAAUGUUGCUCCUUGUUGAUACUCCCUUACACUUACGAGGACUGUAUUUCUUCAUUUAUGCAUCUUUGUACUGUUUGUCCUUACAUUUUAUUAUUGCAUUAUGUAUUUCAUGCCACACUUUAUGUUUAUCAUUAUUGCACGUGCCUAAUGUCUGUACAUGUGUCGUUUAUUCCCUUUCAUGUAGUAACCACAUCCACAAAAGGGUGUCCUAAACUACCAGCAAUAAAUGAGUGGCAUGUCA